AUGGAGUCCCUGCCUGAAUACGAUGAUCCCGGUGUGGCUGAAGUCGUGUUGCAGCUGGAUGAGAACGAUGCGGAUUUGUGGAGGCAGCUGCGCCGAAAACGUGACUUCGAGCUUCGGGUGGACGAGAAAAGCUCGCAGCUGCAGGAUCACGCUUCGAAGCAGCAGCCCGGACAUGUGACGCUGACAGAGGCCAGUAUUUCGGUCGAGCUGCUACACCAGCAGGCCAGAUUUGUCAAGGAGCAGCACAGGGAGCUCGAGCACGACCUCAUGGUCUUGAAGGAGUCGAAUCGAAUUCUCCAGCAAACCUUCCAGGUCCCGCCUCCAUCCCGAACAGAGCGACAAGGCCUUCCAAGAAACAAGGACUUUCUUGCCGAAGAAAAAGCUCGCAUUGAAUCGCUCCAGGUGCAGCAGGAUCAGGUUGAACAUCUGCGGAUGCACAUAGAAGGCCUCCGAGUUGAGAAGCAGAGCAUGCAGCAGAACCAGCAGGUGCUUUUCCAGAAGCAGCGAAAUGCGGAGCAGGAUCGGAAUCGACUGCUGGGAGCACUCCAG